GAGAUUUUAAUUUCAGUAAACAUACAUACAUAUGUUUAAACUUUACAAACAAAACAAUUUUUGAUAAAUUAAAAAUUUCCGCCAUGGAAUCAUUCCCUCAGAGUAUGUAUCAAUCGGACUUUCAGCAACCCGCCGUUAAACCUAGACAGAUCUACAGUGCAGCGAAACGAAAGUGUACCACAGAAAGAUCAAACUAUCGACCAAUUCAAAUGGAUUUUGAGGUCUUACAACCAUUUAAGCAAGACGUAGAUGUUCCUUUUAGUUUAAUCCAUGAAAAUAAACCAAUUCUGCAAACGAAUCCUCACAGUCCAAUUCCAGAAGUAAAAUUAAAAGUCAAGCUUUUUGGACAAAAAUUGGAAGCACGUAGUCGGAGAUUGGGUGUUUACAUGACUCCUCAAAUAAACCUUGACAAAAUUAAUGAAGAAACCAUGUAUGGAGAUUCAACAAAGGGAAAUAAGAGAGUAGGUUUGGUUGACAGCAUUUAUUCCUCGGAUUGGAAGAAAGCCUGCGAAGUUGUUGCAGCCAAUUCUCGAAUGAAACUUAAAGAAGAUCCUAAGAAAACACGUUUUGUGACAAAAGAUUUACUGGAGAAAUCCGUUGAGCAGACUCGCUAUAAGCCCGAGGGUAUUAUUCCUCCAAUGGACAUGGAAUUAAAGAAUUAUAUUUCCUUGUGGGAUUCUCAGAAUCAAGCGGAGUUUGUUGAUAGAACAAAAUUGUUUUUGGAGAAGAAGCGUUCUACGUCUGAUUCUCGGGAUUCUACCAAAGCUCUAAAUGACGAAGAAAAAGCAGAACUUGAGAAGUGCUACAAGGAAGACACUUUAAGGACACCAUUUGCUUUACAUCCUCCUGGGUACACUGGCUAUAUCCCCCGUCUAGCAAAGGGCAUACAAAUUCGUAAAAAGAAAUUUUCAAAAUAUGAUCCUUUUGUAACAACCUUGAUGGCUGCUCAAGGGUCUUAUGACAAAUAUGCAAUAUAAAAAAAGAAGCUGAAGACCACAAUUUAGUCCUUAAAUUUUAUUUA